CAAGUGCCCUCUUCUUAUUUGCUGGCAUAAGCGCCUUUCUAAGUCCUUUCCAUUCACCAGGCGGCAGACUGACUACGCACUCUUUUCUAUCAUCUUGUGUGCCUGCCGUACGCGUCUUCUUCCUGCUCGGCCCAUCUCUCCCUUACCCUUCGUAAUCCUCUGCGACAGCAGCAGCAACAGCCCCUGCUUGUUCCAUUUUUCUCUUUCUCUGUCUCUAUCCAUCCAUUUCAUCACGAUGGCUUCCUUCCUGUGUCUGAUGCCUUCAAUAGGAGUGGGAACUCAAAGUCCUUCCAGAACUCGUCUCCGCAACUUUUCUCCCACUACUCGCUUCCACACAGGGAGGCAUUUCGUCAUCAGAGCCGCGGAAACGGAGACCAACGAUGCUAAAACUUCUAAAGCUCCAGAUGCCGCGCCCGCGGGGAAGGGUUCUAACAUAAAUCAGCUUCUUGGCAUAAAGGACGCCGCCCGGGAGACGGACAAAUGGAAAAUUCGGCUUCAACUUACUAAGCCUGUUACUUGGCCACCAUUGGUUUGGGGAGUGGUUUGCGGGGCUGCUGCUUCAGGGAACUUUCAUUGGACCAUUGAGGAUGUUGCGAAAUCUAUCGUUUGUAUGAUAAUGUCUGGCCCAUGUCUUACAGGUUAUACGCAGACCUUGAAUGAUUGGUAUGACCGAGAGAUUGAUGCAAUCAAUGAGCCUUAUCGUCCUAUUCCAUCCGGGGCCAUAAGUGAGAGUGAGGUUAUAACUCAAAUUUGGUUGCUGCUUCUAGGAGGCCUUGGCUUGGGUGGUUUGUUGGACCUAUGGGCCGGCCAUACCUUUCCAACAAUUUUUUAUCUUGCUCUCGGUGGAUCCUUACUUUCAUACAUAUACUCUGCUCCACCUUUGAAGCUCAAGCAGAAUGGAUGGAUUGGUAACUUUGCUCUUGGAGCAAGCUACAUCAGUUUGCCCUGGUGGGCAGGCCAAGCUUUAUUUGGGAAUCUAACGAGUGACAUAAUCGUGUUGACUCUCUUGUAUAGCAUUGCCGGUCUUGGUAUAGCCAUAGUAAAUGACUUCAAAAGCAUUGAGGGAGAUAGGGCACUAGGGUUGAAGUCAUUGCCAGUAGCAUUUGGCAUUGAUACUGCAAAGUGGAUAUGUGUUGGUGCAAUUGACGUGACUCAGUUGGCGGUUGCUGGUUACCUUUUGGGAGCUGAUAAGCCAUACUAUGCACUGGCAUUACUUGGUUUGAUUGCUCCUCAAGUAAUUUUCCAGUUCCAGUAUUUCCUAAAGGACCCAGUCAAGUAUGAUGUCAAGUACCAGGCUAGUGCCCAACCUUUUCUCAUCCUCGGGCUACUGGUAACUGCCUUGGCGACAAGCCACUGAUCCAUGUGUAUAGAAGUUGAGCCUGUUUGCUGUUUAAAUGUUGCCGCACUGGUUUAUGCUGCCUGCUAAAUGUCGCGCUGUCUGUAAAGUGGUGACACAGCACUUCGGGAAAAUGGAUGUAAUGCAUAGCGGCACCAAGAAAUGUUAAGUCACUGAGGCCUCCUUUUUCA